GAUUCAGAUCGACGAAGCGAUUGACGAGCUGCAGUAUGCGCUUCGUAUAACAUCGGUUGAUGAGGGGAACGAAAGUGAUCGUGUGAUUUUGCUGAAUGCACUCGCGAUAGCUUACGGGAAGAGAGGCAAUUUCGAGAGUGCCAUUAAAACGUUGAGAACUUUAAUUGAGCUGAAACCAAACGAUGCCACUUUGCAAAUUCAGUUGAUUCAAAUGUAUCGAACAAACGGUCAACUUGAAGAGGCAUUGGAAGGAUGCGAAUCGAUACAGCAAGCUCAGAGUACAACAUCAGUAGUCAUUCCUCCAUCACAAAAAUCUCUAUUGAUCACGUUACAUUGCGAUCUGUUGAUUCGUAUGGCCAGAACUCAAUCGAGCACAUCAAAAGUGCUCUCGCUAGUGAAUCGUUUCUUCGAACUACUCCAGACUCAACCCGAAAACGUUCCCCUUGGUCCAGCGUUAUUGAAGUCCGUUGGUGAUUCAAUGCUGUUGCUAGCGUCGAGUUUUGGUGAGCACAUUAUGACGACGAAACUGAUCCAUUUCCCGCAAUCGUGGCCUCUGAUAUCGACACGUGACGAUGCGUUGCGUAUUGCGGUGGAUGCU